UCUCGGCAGAGGGAAUUUCCUAGCUAAUUUAUUUAUUCCUGUUGCAGACAUGAUCCUUGGAGAGAUUGCUUUACAACUGGACAGGAGGAUUCUGUCUCGUGUCUUCCAGGGCCACAAGAGGCUUUAUGGGUUCACAUUGCAGAAUGUGCCAGCCAAGAUCCUGGAGGUUAGCACAAAUGUGCUGACAGGGAAGGUAGAUAAAGGCUAUCAAAAUUUCCUCACUAAGAGGUAUGUUGACCUCAUGGAGCAGUUGAAUAAGCUUGGGUACUCAACGGCACAUCACCCUCAGUUCUCUGAAUUCAUCAUCAACACUUAUGGGAUCCUGAAGAUGAAGUCUGGAGAGUCUAACGUACAAACUGGUACUAACCCAGUGAACUACAACGACCCAGAGACUCUGAAGACACUCAUAAUGACCAUUGCUCCAAUGAAACUUCAGGAGAACCUGCUUCUGCUGCUCAAAUGCCUCUGCAAGAUGGCCGAGAAGGACAAAAAGCCUCUUCUUCUCUUUUAGAAAUGAGUGUGUUUAGAUUUACA